CCCAAAGAGAGAUGGAGAGGGAGAUCUUGGGGUAGCAAAGUAGAAGAAAAGAGCGGGAGGAUCUUCUCCUCUUUCAUUUCCACCCUCCUCCUCUCUCUCUCUUCCUCCUUUAUUAUAAAUUUUAAAAAAAUUAAUAAUGGAGGCUGAAGGAGUUCCCAUACCCUCCAUGUCUGCAUCUCAUCCACCGACUUCCGAUGAUCAUCCUGAUUUCUCACCGGCCGGAUCUCCUGACCUCGCCGACGAACAGCACCAGCAGCUUCUGAUGCCCUCCGAUCAGCCUGCUGUCACUCUUUCCGAUGAUCUCCGCGACAAAAUCAUUAAGCAGGUGGAGUACUACUUUAGUGAUGAAAAUUUACCUGCAGACAAGUUUUUGAUGAAGUAUGUGAGUAAAGACAAGGAUGGCUAUGGAGCAUUGGCAGGUUAUCUUCAAAUUCACAACCUCUUUUUCCUUCUGUCUGUCAUUUGGCAGGUGGCGUGUAUUGCUUAA